UGAGAUAUGUGGAAUUAGCUUUGAAGGCUUGUAGAGACUCGUAGAAAAACUUUGAUCAAAUUUCCGUGUGUUUGGAUAGACCCAAAUACCGUGGAAUUUAAAAGAAAUUGGGUAUUUCCCGAUCAUUUCCUCAAAAUCUCCUGUUUGGAUAACUCUUCCAUGAAAUAUGCAAUUCUUAAGGGAAAAAAUCAGGGGAAUUGGAGGUGGAGAUUCCCGACUUCAAUUCCAUCAAAAAUAGGCGUUUUUUCUCAAUUCCUUGCAAGCGGGAGAUCGGCUUUUCCAUCGCGCCAAAACCCUCAAACAUGGCGGUAAAAUUUCAUCCCAUAUCAGUAUAUACAGAGCUGCAACUACAAGCGAGCCUUCCAACGUUGAACCCUAAAAAUUGCUCUCAGUGAAUAUCACUGGGUAGUUCCUUGACGGUUAGUUGUCUACUCAGAGAAGCUCGGUUCUGCAGUUUUCAUUAAGAUAUGACAAUUAUGGGUGUUGAUGACAUGUUGAUAAGAUUGAAACGAAAGCGUUUGAUAGAAGAAGAGGAAUGUCAAAAAAGAAUGAAACUUGUUAUUGGUGCCACAAUAUCUGUCAUUGCUUUAACAAUAGAGUGGUAUCAUAUGACUUUUUUUUGUUAAAGAGCCUUCACGUGAUUGGGAUCAAAAAAGACGAUCUUACUUGAACCGUUUGUAUGAUGGAAGAGAGGUAGAUUGCAUUGAGCAACUACGGGUCAGCAAGAGCACAUUUAGAAGGUUAUGUGAGAUUCUACAAGGAAAUGGUGGGUUAAUACGUACAAGAAAUGUAUUUAUUGAAGAAAUCAGUAGCUAUAUUUCUGGAUAUACUUGCUAAUAAUGUGAAGUACAGAAAAAUUGGUUUUCUGUAUUAUCGUUCUAAGGAAACUGUUAGUCGGCAAUUCCAUAACGUUUUGUAUGCGAUGAUGAGAAUAAGUAAGGAAUAAUUCAAGUUGCACUCAUCUGACAUCGGCAGUUCAGAAAAAGAGAAGUGGAAAUGGUUUGAGAAUUGUAUGGAAGCACUUGAUGGAACUCACAUUCCAGUGACUGUGUCAGCUGAAGAAAGACUGAGAUACCGCAAUAGAAAGGGUGAUAUUUCUACUAACGUCUUGGGAGUUUGUGUCCCUGAUUUAAAAUUUAUAUAUGUAUUGCCUGGAUGGGAAUGUUCUGCUUCUGAUGCUCGUGUUUUACGAGAUGCUCUACGUAGAAAUAAUCGGCUUCAUGCUCCAAGAGAUAAAUACUUUUUGGUGGAUGUGGGAUAUACUAAUGGACCUGGUUUUUUAGCUCCAUAUCGAGGAACUAGAUAUCAUCAUUUAAACGAAUGGACAGAGAAUAGACCUCGAAAUGCCAAAGAGUUGUAUAAUCUUCGCUAUUCAGUUGCAAGGAAUGUAAUUGAACGGUCAUUUGGGUUGUUAAAAAAGCGUUGGAGUAUAAUGCGUACUCCAUCCUUUUUCGACAUCAAAACACAAGUUAGGAUUAUUAAUGCUUGUUGUGUUUUGCAUAAUUAUAUCCAAAUUGAGCAAGCUAGUGAUCCUGUUCUUGAAGAUCAAGAUUCAAGGUUUUUAGCAGAUGUUGAUCAAGAGAUAUUAAACCGUGCAACGUCAAAGGGUCCUUCAAAUGAUCGGAUUACAUGCGUUCAACCUACUGAGCAGUGGACAAAUUUUCGUGAUGCAUUUGCAUUGAAGAUGUUCCAAGAUUAUUAAGUGCGACAUGCUGCAAAUCCAUGAGUGCCACAUACUAACAGAAAAAAAAACAUUUUUUUUCCUUCUCAAAAUGUUGUUUACUAUUUGCAAGAACCUUGGCUGAAUUUACAUUGUUGUUGGAAUUUCUUUUGAAUUUCAUUAAAACAGAAAUUAUCCAAACACCAAAAUUUGUAAUUCUUGUCAUUUUAAAAAAUUUAUACCAUGAAAUCCAAACAACGGAUUUCUCAAUUAAUGAAAUUUAAAUUGGUG